AUGAGGCUUUGGCCCCUCUAUCAGAGGGAAAUCAGUUUCUAUCCGAAGGAAUUCCUUCAAAACAGACGGAAUAUGUUGCAAGUUAAUAAUCUGAUCUGGCACGUGAGGUGUCUGGAGUGUUCCGUUUGCAGGACGUCACUACGUCAACACGGCAGCUGCUACAUUAAAAAUAAGGAAAUCUUCUGUAAAAUGGAUUAUUUCAGUAGGUUUGGUACAAAGUGUGCCCGCUGUGGCCGGCAGAUCUACGCCAGCGACUGGGUACGGAGAGCCAGAGGCAAUGCCUACCAUCUGGCCUGCUUCGCCUGCUUCUCCUGCAAACGGCAGCUGUCCACAGGCGAGGAGUUCGGGCUGGUGGAGGAGAAAGUACUUUGUCGGAUCCAUUACGACACAAUGGUGGAGAACCUGAAACGGGCCGCUGAGAGUGGAAGCGGACUCACUCUGGAGGGGGCGGUGCCGUCAGAACAGGACAGUCAACCAAAACCGGCUAAAAGGGCACGAACGUCCUUCACUGCAGAACAACUGCAGGUAAUGCAGGCGCAGUUUGCACAGGACAACAACCCUGACGCUCAGACCCUGCAGAAGCUGGCAGACAUGACAGGACUGAGCAGACGAGUCAUACAGGUUUGGUUUCAAAACUGCAGAGCGAGACAUAAAAAGCACACUCCACAGCACAGCGGUCCACCUCAAGCUCACCCACAUGCCCGCAUGCCCCCCUCGCUGCCCGACGAGCUGCAUUACUCCCCUUUCGGCAGUCCUGAGAGAGCACGCAUGGUGGCCCUGCACGGGUACAUCGAAAGCCAUCCAUUCUCAGUGCUCACUACACAGAGCCUCCCUCAUCAGGCCAUGACGUUGCCGCAGCUCCCUCUCAGCCGCUAACACCCGCGCCUCGCACUGACCCCUGACCCCUUCACCCUGACCUCCUGCUCCAAACCUCAGAGGUCGGAUCUGGCUGAAGGACAGGGUCACGCUCCCUCUCGCUCUUGACCUCUGAACUCGCAAAGAGAGAGACUGUUUCCUCUCUGGUUUCAUUGGACAGGAUUGAAGUCAUCUGCAUCUAGUCACUCUCGGUUAAGGAAAACCGCAUACGUGACCUGUGAAUUUAGGGCUUUGUCACCAAGACCAGGAUCUGGACUUUUGGACAAAAAAAAAAGACUCGAGCACACACUGUAAAAGACUAGCGCUCUUGGUGCGUCCUCUCUUCUGAUUGUCUCUUCUGACUCGUGUCCAGCGUUUGGAGACUCAAAAGGAAUGUAAAGUUACCAGCAUCAGUGUUAAACAUUUAGAUUGAAAAAGGCAAAAGCACAAGAAAUGUGGAUGGGGAAUAAAUGGCAUAGGACCAGGUGGUAAGACAAAUUUUUAUCUUUUUUUCCUUGCCGAAACACACCACGAUUGAACAUGGAAUCUGUACUAAGCCAGUGAAACUAAUUUUAGCUACAGUUCAGUUCCCUUUUUCUUGCGUUCUUGUUCUUACACCAGUAUGCAAAGCAUAUGUGUUUUCUUGGGCCUAAAAAGCCAGCAGGCUUGAUUUGUCCACAUAUUUCAAUUUAAAAAAUAAUUGUACUUCAAUUCCUUAAAGGACUUAUAGUCCAUCAAACAUAACUGCAAAUUGUUUUUGCAAUUAUUUCACGACAUCUUGUUUUGAAAGCAGAUCGUUUUAGAAAAGUGAAAUUGUUUCCUUUUAAAUCCAGGUAAAAUGUUAAAUAAUAAUUUCAGUAGUUUAAAAAGAUGUCAAAACCUUUUAUAUCUUCCCUAAUAUUUAUUCUUUUCCAAAAUGAAUUUCAAUAACGCCCGCCAUUGCAGUUUACCUGCAAUCAUAGCCUACAAAUGACACUGAUCUUAGUGUCAAAUCAAAUCAAAAACAGUGCCCUGAACA